AUGGAUCUACUUCAAGCUCAAUUUCAAGAUUCAUUGGGUGGAAAGAGAUUUUUGAUUGUUUUGGAUGAUGUAUGGAAUGAAGACCAAGAAGAGUGGGAUAAGCUGCAGAGCGAGGAAGGAGUUGAGCAUCCUAAUCUGUUGGAGAUUGGAAAACAGAUAAUCAAGAAAUGUGGAGGUGUACCUUUGGCAGCAAAAACAUUGGGAACUUUGUUGAGCUUCAAAAGAGAAGAAAGCGAUUGGUUGUUUGUGCAAGAGAGUGAGCUUUGGGGUCUUAAGGAAUGUGACAAUGGCAUACUGCCAGCUCUAAGGUUGAGCUACUUACAUUUUCCACUAUACCUCAAGCAAUGUUUUGCAUUCUGUUCAUUGUAUCCUAAAAAUUAUGAAAUUCAGAAGGAAAAGAUAAUCCACACAUGGAUUUCUGAAGGCUUGAUAACAUGCCAUGAGAGAAACAGACAGUUGGAGGAUAUAGGGCAAUAA